AAGACGAAGAAGAAGCCACCAGCUGUUAGCUAGGUGGCUGUUUAUGCCAUAUUUAUGGCAGCAAACGACAGCCGACAGGCUUUUUUAUUUGCCAAAAAAGCAUCAAAAGACGUGUUCUGUCAAACUCCAAUGGUUCUGAACCUGAAUAUCACAUUUUCUUCGCACUGAGUGGCUGACCACGAAAAAGGAGAAGAUGAACUUCCAGAGCAGUCGGAGGCGAGGAGAGGAAGGCAUCGCUGUAGUGAUUGACUUUCUGCUGUCUAAUGCCCGGCUGGUUCUGGGAGUUGGAGGUGCGGCUCUGCUGGGGAUUGCUACACUGGCAGUGAAACGGCUGAUAGAGCGCGCAGGCCGCGCAGCAGAUGAUGAAAAGGUGGAGCAGAAGAUGGCUGAGAGCUGGGAGGAGUUGAGUUUGGUCUCUCCUUCCCCAACACUCAUCAGGAAGGGCAUAGAGGGCGUGGUGAUGAAGCAUGUCGCCAAGGCAACCAAACAGCAGAAAGCUGAUCUCUGCCAGCAGCCUCAGAUGCUGGACGUGCAGACUAAACCGGAGUCAAAGUCCAAGAGGCUCCAGCUGUGCGCCCUGACUUUGCAGGAGCGUCUGCAGCAGUACUACCACACAAGGGCGGCGCUCUCUGCCCAAGAGGUGCAGAGGGCUCAGUCUGUGGCUCUGGACAUCUGCACUGAGAUCCAAGGUUUUCUGCACAGCCGUCACCCAGAUAUGCCUCUGGGAGAUAUGAGACUAGGCGGUUCUCUGCUGGAUGAUUUGCAGGUGGUCAGUGCAGACCAUGCGUGCCUGCUGGUGCCUCUACAGCUGGAGUCCUCUCUGUGGCGUCUCAUCCCAGGAGAGGAAACGUUGCUCACACAUCCUCUGCACUGGAUGGUCCGACGGAUCAAUCUAGAAUAUUUUCCCAAAGGACGUAGCUACUGGGACAGGUAUUUGGUGGGCGGCUAUCUGUCUGCAGAAGCUGUUGUGAACAUGUUUAGUAAGGCUGUCAUGGAAACUGUGAACUGGCCAUCAAUCAGCAGCACUUUGGACUGCAUCGUCAGACCUGUACUGGGAGGACCUGAUCUGAGAUUGGAGAUCCGGCCUGGAAAUGCAUUCGAAGGAGCAGAGAGUGACUAUCAGCCCUUGUUUGUCUCCAUGUUGCCUCUGCUGAGUGAGGGUGAUGUGGUCCUGACCGCCCAGCCGGAGCUUACCUCUCCUUGGGUGAACGCCUGGCACCUCUCUCUCUACCCGUGGGAAACGCAACGUCUGGCUCAGCUUGAUGCGGCCGACAACGGCUACCGCAAACACACCCUUAAAAUCCUGAAAGCGGUGUGCAGACAGAACCCCGCCCUGCGACCGCUCAAAGCCACCCCGCUGGCCAAUCUCAUCCUGCACCUCAGCGACUCCGAGAGCGACUGGUCCGAGACCAGCUUGGACGUGAGAUUCCAACAAUGUAUCACAGAGCUAAUUGGCUACCUCGAGCAAGGGGCGCUGCACAGUUACUUUAAACCAGCCGUCAAUCUGCUGAGCGGCUUGUCAGAGGACCAGGUGGACCAGAUGGGCUUCAUGUUCUACUGUGCUGUGUCAGAGCCGGAAAUACUGCUUAUUUAACGCUGCACACCCACAGCAUGUCAGUUCUCUCAAGCUCUGACAUGCAGAGAUCAAAGGAAUAAUCUUAUCUGUGAUGUCUGGUUCAAGGCUCCUUGUCUAGCGCCUCCAUAUUUGACACAAAUGAAAAGGGCACAGUUGCUGUGGCAUAAUGGCAGGCACCAUGGUUUGAUGUCUAUGCUGGUGGAGGAGACGUUACAAGGAGGCUGCAGAUUUGCCAAUCAGGCUAAACAAGGCACUCUGAGGAAAAGAGGCGGGCAAAGAGUUGAAAAAAAUAUUUGUCAGAAUGUCUGAAAUGGUGUGUCAGACCUUUAGAUUUGUGUGGUAUCUUUCCCAAUUACACAGCUCAAUAUAUCAACAGCAGAAGAGGAGUAUGGCUUGUUUCUUUAUCCUCUGAUUAAUGGUGUGUGCCCUGAAUCAUCUUCUUAGAUCACUGAAAUGUUCUCUAUGCAGAUCAAUAAUAACAUGAUGAAAACCACCAGCUGUUGCUGCACUAUCCAGUGUAUCCGAGUUGGGCUUAUUUAACUCAUUGUGUACAUUUAAUUAUAAUGAUGGUUUGAAGUGCUGAGCAUUUUUCUUUGUCUUGUUUAGUCAUCUGUCUGUUGCGAAUCGUUUCUGGGUAAAAUAACCCUUUAAAUUAUGCUUUGAACCUUCCUAAUGAUUUUAUGCAGUUUUUUUUAAUACAGAGUGAAUGUGGUGGGAAUAUUUUAAUUGUGUGCUCUGAUGGGUGUAAGAGAAAUAGUUUUUCUGUGAGUGAACAGCAAAACUGCAAAUAAAAAUGAAAAGCUCUUAUUUAGA